CGAGGAGGGAGAGGCGCCCCCUCCGGCGCCUGCAGAGGAGGGGAGGCGCCGAAGCCGCCGGGUACGCCUUCGCGGAUCCUGCCGCCACCGGCCGAGCUUACUGGGCCGACGGGAGCUGGCCUCUGGCGGUCCAGCGGGACCUGCGACCGGGUCCUCGGAGAAACCAGGACUGCCUUACCUGUACCAGACAGGCCUACCACUGAGCUACAUAUAUUCCAAGAUGAUGGCCUCGGCUGCUAAGGAAUUUAAAAUGGAUAACUUUUCACCUAAAGCUGGUACUAGCAAAUUGCAGCAGACAGUCCCAGCUGAUGCAUCUCCUGAUUCUAAGUGUCCUAUAUGCUUGGACAGAUUCGAUAAUGUGUCUUACUUAGAUCGAUGUCUACAUAAGUUUUGUUUUCGCUGUGUGCAAGAGUGGUCAAAAAACAAAGCUGAAUGUCCACUAUGUAAACAGCCCUUUGAUUCUAUUUUCCAUUCUGUGAGGGCUGAAGAUGACUUCAAGGAAUACGUCCUAAGGCCUUCAUAUAAUGGCUCUUUUACUGCUCCUGAGGUUCGAAGAUUCCGCUACCGGACAACUAUGACAAGAGAACGGAAUGCUUCCCUUUACUCAUCUGGUAGUACCAUAGGUAGAAGAACAACUACCCCACCAGACAGUGGAGUGCUGUUUGAAGGGUUAGGCAUCUCAGCAAGACCUAGAGAAGUUGAAAUUCCUCAAUUUAUGAGACAAAUGGCAUUAAGGAGGACAGCUACUUCAGAUGAAAGAUCUUUGCGGAAAAUUCAAGAACAAGAUAUUAUUAAUUUUAGACGAACUCUUUAUCGUGCUGGUGUUCGAGUUAGAAGCAUUGAAGAUGGUGGCCGCUACAGGGAUAUUUCAGCUGAGUUCUUCCGUAGAAAUCCCGCUUGCCUUCAUAGGCUAGUUCCUUGGUUAAAACGUGAGCUUACAGUUCUUUUUGGAGCCCAUGGAUCUUUAGUCAAUAUUGUCCAACACAUCAUUAUGAGUAACGUUACUCGCUAUGAUUUGGAGAGUCAGGCAUUUGUGUCUGACUUAAGACCAUUUUUGCUUAAUCGAACUGAGCAUUUUAUACACGAAUUUAUCAGUUUUGCUCGAUCUCCUUUCAACAUGGCAGCUUUUGACCAGCAUGCUAAUUAUGAUUGCCCUCCUUCAUCUGAAGAAGGCAGCCGUUCUGAUUCUUCAGUCAUAACAAUAUCACCAGAUGAGACUGAGACUCAAGAGCUGGAUAUGAAUGUAUCCACUGUUAGGCAGGCACCAUGGGAUGAUGAAACCCCCGGACCAUCUUACUCAAGUUCAGAGCAAGUGCAUGUUGGAAUGUCUUCCCUUUUAAAUUCAUCAGACAGUUCAGAUGAAGAACUUGUUCCCACAGGAGCCACCCCUCAGGUACAGGGAGUACAGACGAAUGAUGACCUAAACAAUGAUAGUGACUCCUCAUCAGAUAAUUGUGUCAUUGUUGGGUUUGUGAAGCCCCUCGCCGAAAGGACCCCAGAACUUGUUGAGCUGUCUUCUGAUUCUGAGGAGUUGGGCUCUUACGAGAAAAUGGAAACGGUGAAGACACAAGAACAAGAACAGUCUUACAGUUCUGAAGAUAGUGAUGUUUGUCGAUGUUCAUCACCACGUUCUGUUCUUGGAAAGGAUGAACAAGUGAGUAAAAGCCAUUGUGAUUCUGAUACAAGAGUAAAAUCAAAGAAAGAAGAGAAACGAUCUACAUCAACUCCCAGAGACAGUUCAUCCACGAGAGGAGACAGAGCAGCUUCCCCAUAUAUCAAUCGACACCGAAAGAGGGGAAGAUCGAGAAGUUCAGACUCACGUUCCCAGAGCAGAAGUGGGCAUGAUCAGAGGAAUCAUAGGAAGCAUCAUGGGAAGAAAAGAAUGAAGAGUAAACGAUCCAGAAGUAGGGAGAGUAGUAGCAGACCUAGAGCAAGAAGGGACAAAAAGAGAUCCAGAACUAGAGAUAGUAGCUGGUCAAGAAAAAGCCAGACACUUUCUCUGAGUAGUGGAAGCACCAGCAGAUCAAGAUCUCGUAGCAGUGAUCAUGGCAAAAGAAGAUCACGAAGCAGAAAUCGAGAUCGCUAUUAUUUGAGAAAUAAUUAUGGAAGCAAAUAUAAGUGGGAAUACACUUACUAUAGCAGAAACAAGGACAGAGAUGGGUAUGAGUCGUCAUACAGGAAAAGGACUCUUUCAAGAGCCCGUUAUUCUAGACAAUCUUCAAGUCCAGAAUUCAAAAUUCAGUCUUUUUCUGAAAAAACAAAUGCUAGGAAGAAGAAUCACAGUGAAAGGAAAUACUACUACUAUGAAAGACACAGAUCAAGAAGCGUGUCCAGUAGUAGGUCAAGGACUACAUCUACUGGGCCUGAUCGUGUGAGAAACGAAAAGCCUGGAGGGAAACGAAAGUACAAAACCCGGCACUUGGAAGGUACUAAUGAAGUGGCUCAACAGUCUCGUGAUUGUGCUUCCAAAGUGAAGGACAGUCACUACCAAAAAUCAUCAAAACUUGAUGGAAAUUAUAAAAAUGAGAGUGACAGCUUUUCAGAUAGCCGAUCAUCAGACAGAGAGACAAAACACAAGAAGAGGAAAAGGAGGACACGUAGCCUGAGUGUAGAGAUAGUUUAUGAAGGAAAAACUACUGACACAGCUAAACACCAUAAGAAGAAAAAGAAGAAGCAUAAGAAGAAACAUAAGAAGCACCAUGGAGAUAGUACUUCCCGUUCCCCGGUUGUCAUAACCAUCGACAGUGACAGUGACAAGGACCCUGAAGUGAAGGCAGCUGUGGAAUACAGUGAUGGUAAUCUUCCACAACCUCUCCGCAGUGAAGUUUUGACUCCUUCCUUGGAAGCCUUUGAAACGAGAGAUGUUGUCACAAUAGAAGAUGAGUUUGGUGUCCUGGAUAAGGAAUGUGAUGUUACUGCACUUUCUGAUGACUUGAGUACCAGCCGGACCUUGGAUAGUAGUGUACCACCAGCAGUCUCAGUUGAACAAACUCUUGAUGUAAGAGAAGAAAGCACCUUUGCCUCAGAUUUAGAGAGCCAGUCCAGUAACAUAUCUAUGCAGACUGAGCCAUCGAGACCAUUGUCAUCUCCACGGACCUCACUGUUGUCAGCAGCUCUUGGUGGAGAUUGUGAUGUGUCUUAAAACUGCCAAAGCAUCUCAUUGAUAAUUCAGAGGCUAUAGAAAAAUAUGGGGGGGAAGUCAUCUCCUGCAGUCUGGAUGACUUGUUGGAAAAACUGGGCCUCGAAAUAUUUUAAGAGUUUGUGUGUGUGUUAAUUUGUAAAAAUCAUUAUUUGUUCAAAAGGUUAUGUAUGUCCUGUCCCCAGAUAUAUGCACUUUUAAGUGAAGAAAACGUUGCUAGCAGUUUAUUUAAAACUUGGGAGCCUUUUUAAAUAAAAAUAAAAAAAUUAGAAGUUAUUUCAUAAAGCCA